CUGGUGUGAUUCCGUCCUGCGCGGCUGUUCUGUGGAACAGUAGUCGUUUCUCUCCGUCCGCCUUCUCUCCCACCUAAGUGCGUGCCACCACCUCAUGGAAGAUUCGAUGGACAUGGACAUGAGCCCCCUGAGGCCCCAGAACUAUCUUUUCGGUUGUGAACUAAAGGCUGACAAAGAUUAUCACUUUAAAGUGGACAAUGAUGAAAACGAGCACCAGUUAUCUUUAAGAACGGUCAGUUUAGGAGCUGGUGCAAAGGAUGAAUUGCACAUUGUUGAAGCAGAGGCAAUGAAUUAUGAAGGAAGUCCAAUUAAAGUCACACUGGCAACUUUGAAAAUGUCUGUACAGCCAACGGUUUCCCUUGGGGGCUUUGAAAUAACACCACCUGUGGUCUUACGGUUGAAAUGCGGUUCAGGGCCUGUGCAUAUUAGUGGACAGCACUUAGUAGCUGUGGAGGAAGAUGCAGAGUCAGAAGAUGAAGAGGAAGAGGAUGUGAAACUCCUUAGUAUAUCUGGAAAGCGUUCUGCCCCUGGAAGUGGUAGCAAGGUUCCACAGAAAAAAGUAAAACUUGCUGCCGAUGAAGAUGAUGAUGAAGAUGACGAUGAUGACGAUGAUGAUGAAGAUGAUGAUGAUGAUGAUUUUGAUGAUGAGGAAGCUGAAGAAAAGGCUCCAGUAAAGAAAUCUAUACGAGAUACUCCAGCCAAAAAUGCACAAAAAUCUAACCAGAAUGGAAAAGACUCAAAACCAUCAACACCAAGAUCAAAAGGUCAAGAAUCUUUCAAAAAACAGGAAAAGACUCCCAAAACACCGAAAGGACCUAGUUCUGUAGAAGACAUUAAAGCAAAAAUGCAAGCAAGUAUAGAAAAAGGUGGUUCUCUUCCCAAAGUGGAAGCCAAGUUCAUCAAUUAUGUGAAGAAUUGCUUCCGGAUGACUGACCAAGAGGCUAUUCAAGAUCUCUGGCAGUGGAGGAAGUCUCUUUAAGAAAAUAGUUUAAACAGUUUGUUAAAAUUUUCCGUCUUAUUUCAUUUCUGUAACAGUUGAUAUCUGGCUGUCCUUUUUAUAAUGCAGAGUGAGAACUUUCCCUACCGUGUCUGAUAAAUGUUGUCCAGGUUCCAUUGCCAAGAAUGUGUUGUCCAAAAUGCCUGUUUAGUUUUUAAAGAUGGAGCUCCACCCUUUGCUUGGUUUUAAGUAUGUAUGGAAUGUUAUGAUAGGACAUAGUAGUAGUGGUGGUCAGACAAAUGGAAAUGGUGGGGAGACAAAAAUAUACAUGUGAAAUAAACUCAGUAUUUUAAUAAAGUAAAAAAAAAAAAAGAA